AUGAACUCAGCAGUACUUCGCCCUUUUCUACCGCGAAUUGUGGCCAGACAAACACCUUCAUCUGCAAUUUAUAAUGUUAGGGCUUACGCCACACAGAGUUUGAGUACAGGGAAUCCCGCCUUCCAGGUAUUCAACCGCAACACAAAGUACCAGCAACGAGAAAGAGCGGCAAACAAUGUUGAACGAAGUCGGCAAGUGGAUUACUUGAAAGAUGAGGUGGCUAUGCGACUGACAGAGCGAUUAUUGGUAUUAAUAUAACCUCAAUCAACGGCAGCUACAACUAUAUAACAUUUAUUGACUCCUUCCAGGACAUCAAUCGCCAUUUUGGCCAUGUUCUUGAUCUUGGUGCAAAUGCAUGUAACAUUGCUCGCGCCCUCACGUUGCCAAAUCCAGAUCCAGACCCUUCAAAGCCAUCAUCUCCUGCUCUUGCAACCCGAGUAUCGCAUCUUACUGCUGCGGAUUCCUCUCGUGCAAUGCUCUUUCGAGAUGCCGAUCUUCCAUUCAAUCAGGAAAUCAGCCUUACCCGCGAAGUGCUCGCUGACGAGGAAACACUUCCAUAUGAGGGCAGCACAUUUGAUGCUGUGCUGAGCUCGUUGAGCAUGCAUUGGAUCAAUGAUUUGCCUUCACUGUUGUCUCAAAUCAACCAUGUCCUGAAGCCUGAUGCCCCAUUUAUUGCAGCAAUGCUGGGAGGAGACUCCUUGUAUGAAUUGCGAACGUCACUGCAGCUCUCAGAUCAGGAGAGAAGAGGAGGCGUUUCUACACACGUCUCUCCUUUAGCCGAUGUCAAGGAUAUGGGUGGUUUACUGCAAAAGGCUGGGUUCAAAAUGUUGACUGUGGAUGUUGAUGAUAUCAUUGUCGAUUAUCCGGAUUCUUUCGCGUUGAUGCAGGACCUUCAAGCCAUGGGAGAGAGCAAUGCGGUACUGGGACGAGAGCCUGGUCCUAUUCAGAGAGACGUUCUGCUUGCCAACGAGGGAAUCUAUAGGGAAUUGCAUGGAAAUGAAGAUGGCUCUUUACCGGCCACUUUCCGAUUAAUUUAUAUGAUCGGCUGGAAGGAUGCACCGAACCAAGCCCAACCACUCCCGAGGGGAAGUGGGCAGGUUAACAUCACAGAUAUCCUUGGUGGUGGAGCUGUCCGGUGA